AUGCAGGCGGCAGCCGACGCGAGUUGCCACUUUUUUCUGGAUCCGAUUGAACCACCGGAGAGGCCCGCUGUGUCCUCUGGUCGUGUGCGGGCACUCGUUGGCUGGCGGGACGACAAGGGCAGCGCGUGGUAUCUGACGGCGGGCGGCGCGAAGGCGCACAGAAUGUCUGCAGCCGCAACGCUUGCGAAGCGUCAAAGGAAUGCAGGACGAAGUCAGCAGAAAGUCACCGAGGGUGAAGGAGGGCAAGUUUCCAAAGAAAUCAUUUUCAUGAACAGUCGCAGGAUUCGCGAUGUCGUGCAGAUAGAAUGCAUGGACGCGGAGAGCAUCAAAGCUAACAUGGGUGACAAUGGCGAAUCGAUCACUCCAAAGGAGGCGCUUACCUAUGUGACCGAUAUCAACGUGGUGUACGGCACAAAGCUAUUUUUUCAGUCCAUGUCGCGAAAAAUAGAAUUUCUGCGAUCGGAAUUGCAAGAGUGGAGAAGCAGAGGCAGUACUCGGGCAGGGGAUGAGUAUAGUCCAGCAGCCGCAAAUGGCGGAAACGCACCGAGUCGUAAAUACAGCAGAGCGCUUUCAGGCGAAGCUGAACUGGCGGUAGAUUUUGCGACUGUUAGUCAUCG